UUUGCCGUCUAUUCAAGCGUAGUAGCCUCCUGGCAGCUCUCUCAUUCCACUCCUCCUUCCCCUUCCCCUGUCUUUCCCAGGCAUAUCCGUGUUGCAGAUGAGCAGAGAGUGGCGGAAGUCUGGGAUCUGUUGCCUGGAGAUGAGAGGUAUCUGUCACAGAAGAGUGGAUCAGGACUUGUGAAUUGCAUGCGUCCUCUCUCUGUGACACCCCAGGCUAGUGCUGUCUGAGAGAGGCUGUAAGACUUGUUUGUUGUGGGUCUGAGUUGCAGCACCCAGAUUGACAAGUCACUGGAGGGAUUACGCCGUGUGCUGUAAGCCGUCUAUCUACAUGGCAAUAAUGAGUUUUUUUUCACCCAGACUGACUUAAAGCCCUACUAGCUAACUGAUCAUAUGAUACCCCUUGAGAAAGCUUGAAAGGAUGGAGCGCCAGCCCAGCAGCCUGACAGGAAAUGAGAAAUGAGCACCCAAACAGGAAGUGUGGCCAAGCAUUGUCCCGGAUGUCGGUUAUGUGACGGCAGCACCGGAAGCUGUAACCAACCACAGGAGUCUACCAUGACAGCAUCAUUGUGACCUAAUUCCGAGAUGGAUAACCUGCCCUGCACAGAGUAAUGAGACUGAACUAAGCUGAACCGUAUCUCUCUGCUUAGGACUGAGUGAAGAGAGAGGUUAUGGAGGAGGCUAUGGUGUGCUCUCCUCUCCCAGACCUCAAGGAGCCAGACAGCCAGACAUGGACCUCCAUGGAGCUCCUACCCCCGAGCAGGCCCCUGGAGGAGGCUAUUCGGUGGGGAGAGAUGGAGAAGCAGGUGAACGAGGCAGACAGGGAGAAAGAGGACAACUCUCCUGAAACUGGAAGGAUCUCUGAGGAGCCAGAGGAGCACUGGGACUCCAUGACUUUACCUGUGUACCCCAUGACCUGUCCCAGUGUCCUUCUGUCCUUUGCCACAGUGCAGUGGGACAUGCCUGACCUUUCCCCUGACACACCCUUCCCCAUGACUGACAACAGCUUGGCCGAUGAGCUGGAUUCCAGUGGAGCAGCCAGUCUGGACUGGACUGUGAACCCGCUGUCCCUCCUCCACCACCACCAGCAGCAGCAGCAUCAAUCCUGUGUGACAGUGAUAAACAUAGAGCUGUCUGUCCAGGAGAAGACAGAGAAGCACAAUAGACCGGAACAGCAGUUGCCUCUGGACAGUGAAAACUCCCAUCCGGCAUGUGAUACACCGAGCCCAGAUGUGGAGGCUUCAGCACAACAGCUAUUUGAGGAACAUGGUGAGUGCAGGCCCUAGUCAUUGUCCACAAAAAAAUCACAGGCUAACUCUUAUGUUAGCAACGGUCAUCGAAAUUGUUAAACGGUUUUUAAAAAAUUGAUUCUAUUAAAUGCAUGAGUUGGACAAUAGAUGAGGAUGCUCCAAACUUAUAGAAUAAAAAAUCAUAGCUUAUAUAACAUUGUACUGACACUGACAAAGAAUGAAUGACGUUCAGGCAUUUUGGUGGGAAUUCAGGUAUUCAAUUUAUAGUAGAAUUUAAC